GCUCUGUAUAAAAGCAUGCUGGCUGGCAUGGCUUGGAAAACGAACACCACCACCACCAUGGGCAGGAUCAUUUUCUACGAGGAGAGGAACUUCCAGGGCCGCUCGUAUGAGUGCAGCAGCGACUGCUCCGACGUCCACAUGCACCUGAACCGCUGCAACUCCUGCAGGGUGGAAAACGGGUGCUUUGUGGUGUACGACCGCUCCAACUUCAUGGGUAACCAGGUGUUCCUGAGGAGAGGCGAGUACUCUGAUUUUCAGUACAUGGGCAGCAUGACGGGCAUGGCCAUGAUGGACACCAUUCGCUCCUGCCGUAUCAUCCCCAUGCACCGGGGACAGUUCAGGAUGAGGAUCUACGAGAGGGAGAACUUCGGAGGCCAGAUGCACGAGCUGAUGGAUGACUGUGAGUCUCUCCAGGAGCGGUUUUACAUGUCCGAGUGCCAGUCGUGCAACGUGAUGGACGGCCACUGGCUGAUGUUCGAGCAGCCCAACUUCAGAGGCCGGAUGAUGUACGUGAGGCCAGGGGAGUACAGGAACCUCAGGGACAUGGGGAUGAGCAACAUCAUGAGAAUCAGCUCCAUCAGACGCAUCACGGACGUGUGCUGAGCGAGGGAGGAACUGUAGAACACAAAUAAAAACACAUUUCAGAAGGA